AACGUCAGUUUGAUUAAUCCAGUCAGUUUGGAGAAUUGGUGGAAGAAGCACGUGGGGGAAGAGACGCCUUCUCCUGUUGAAGUUCCGCCUCCCCAGGUUAAGGAAGGGCCGCAGGCGAAUGUGGCGGGCACGGUCGCUGCUGGGGCAACCCCCACUGUCCCGCCGCCAGCGCCGGCGCUCGUUGGCGGGGGUGCGGCAGGGCAAGACGGCAACGCCGUGCGGCCGGGGGCGGCGGUUGCCGGCGCCACGGGGACGGAGAACGGCGGUGGGGGAGGAGGCGCGGGGGGCAGCGGGGCGGCUGCCGGAGGAAAGGAAGAGGUCGCGCAGACCCAAAGCGGCCCGCAAGACCCGACACGGGGCGAAGCCUCACGGCCCGGAGAGACAACUUCCGCUUUGCCCUCAAACGGAGCGACCGCAGGCCCCCGCACUGGAUCUCCGCCCGCCGAAGACCCCGCUGCUCUUGGCUCGCCUGCGUCGCCAGAAGCAACCGCCGUGCCCGCCGUGCCCGCCGUGCCGGAGGGUAGUGUGAAAGGGAAGGAAGCAUCGGGCCCCGCAGCUGCUUUCUCUGGCACCGCCAACAGCAGUGCACGGGAGCGUACUGCAGGUGGUGCGGACAGCAGCGGCGUCAUCACUGCGUGGGUGCAAGCACCGCUGUGCUGCUGCUGCCGCUGGUUGUGUCCGCGGUCGUAUGAAAUGGUGUGCGCCGAAGAAUAA